GCAAACAUAUUGUAGAAUAGUUGUUACUAAAGCGUCACCGGUGUCGGUGCUGUAGUAAAAUGUGGAAUUUGAAAUGUUGCGCAAAAUUCUCACGAUUUUUAAUCCCUUUAGUUCUAAUUAGUGUUUUUCAAAAAUCAUUAUCAGCAAAAAAAGGGUAUUAUACAAUUAUUGCACCUGCCGUAGUCCGCCCUGAAUCCGCAUUUCACAUAUCAUUUUCUCUCAAUGAUUUCCCCAAAUCCUGCUGGUUUAACAUAAGUCUUACAAGCUAUCCAGAACACAAACAGAUCUAUGGCCUAGAAGGUAUCGAAGUUAAACCAGGAUCAACAAAAUUGGUCGAACUUCAUGCUCCUUCGUUCAAUAACACCUAUGGAUUCCUUGAAAUAUUCGGAUACCGUGGCAUCAUAAGUAAAGAAUCAGAGCUAGUCUUCUUUGAAAAUGAAAAAUUCUGGGCUUUCGUUCAAACUGACAAGGUCAAAUACAAACCAGGUGAAUUGAUAAAAUUUCGAAUAAUUUCAAUUGAUCAAUUGAAGAGACCAGCAAAAUUCAAUGAAGACAUUUCUGUGGAAAUUUAUGACAGUGAAUCUAAUACCAUCAAAUUAAUUCGCGAUGUUAAAUUUAUAAAAGGAGUUUUUCGGGGUGAACUACAAAUUUCUGAGUAUCCUAAUUUGGGACGUUGGAGAAUGAAGGUUUCUAUUGGUAACAGAUAUUUAACACAUAAGGAUUUCGAAGUUGUGCGAUAUGUGUUGCCAAAGUUUAAUGUUGUCUUAAACUAUCCAAAAGAAGUUUGGAUGAAGGAUAAUCAAACAAUAUUGGAAGUAAAUGCCAAUUAUUUCUAUGGUGAACCUGUGAAAGGAAAUCUGUCCGUCAUGGUGACAUCUAUGUUGGUUCCAUAUCCAGAAACUAUCCAAACAACAACAAAACAAUAUCGAAUCGACGGAAAGUCCACAAUUAUUUUGGAUUUUAAAGAAGAUCUUCAUGUUAUAAGUCAAGAUGUCCCAAAAAUUCCAUCAAUGGAAAUGUACACUUUUCACAUAGAAGCCCUUGUAACAGAAGACUUAAGUGAAGAACAAUCCCGUGCCGAUAUAGAAAUUGGUAUAUGGACGAAACCUUAUAAACUUGAGUUUCAAACUGACAAAAACUUCAAAUCAGACGAAAUCAUCAGCAUAAAGGCUAAACUUCUGAUAAGGGAUUUAAAUGAAAAUCUAAUAACCAAUCCAGAGCAACCAAUUGAAAUUAUAAUUGAAUGUUCUGAGAAGUCAUUCCAAGAAAUUGGAUAUGCGAAACAAAAAACCAUUCACGUUGAAUAUAAAAAUGAAAUUGGAAAGGACUUUGCAAUAAUCAAAUUCAAAAAUAAAAACUAUACAGAAUGUUAUAUGUUUGCAGAAUAUGAAAAUUGUAUAUCAUUGAGGAGUUUUUCGAAAAUAAGGCCAACAUUGUUUGAGAUGGAUAUUUUGACAGAAAGUCCGCAAGAGGGUAAGGAGCUUGAAACUAAAUUAAAAAAUCCAGAACCUUUCAAGGAGUUUUCAUAUGAAAUUGUUUCGAGAGGAGACAUAGUUAAAUCGGGCUUCGUCCAAGUUCCGGGAAAUGAAACAACACAUAUUCUCCGUUUUAAUGUGACUUCUGCAAUGGUUCCGAAGAUAACAAUUUAUGCUCAUAUUAUUCAAAAUAAGAACUUCGUUGGACAGUUAAAGGAUAUUCUGAUAAAAAGAGCUUUUCCAAAUUCUAUUGAAUUAGAAACCGAAAACGAAGUUAAGCCCGGUGAAUCUGUCUAUGUAAAUGUAACAACUGAUGAAGGAUCCUAUGUUGGAUUGAUGGGAGUUGACCCGAGUGCAUUGCAAAGCCGAGAGAGAACCGGCAUUUUUAAUGAGGAAAAUGUUGAUUGGGACCUUGGAAGUGUUAACUUUAUAAAAUCUUUCUAUCAUACUCCAUUUUAUUAUAGAACACCAGAAAUUAUAACAUUUUCAAAUGCCCUUCCACCAGGGUAUGGAGGAGGACAAGAGCCAAUUGGGCCUACAAUACCACCAAAACGCAUCCGAAAACUUUUCCCCGAAAGUUGGUUAUUUUUAGAUUUUGAAAAAACACCAGAAGAGGGCUUACAAAUAUUGGAAACUGCACCAGACUCGAUUACCUCUUGGACUAUAACUGGUUUCUCGAUUAAUCCUGAAAGCGGUUUGACAUUCACGAAAAAUACAACAAAUCUUAGGGUUUUUCAAGAAUUUUUUGUAUUAAUGGAUUUACCAGGCUUAGUUAAAGAUGGUGAAAUAAUUGAAGUUCCAAUUUACAUAAGUAACUAUUUAAACCAGGAUGCUUUGACUACUAUCACAAUUAAAAGUGACAGUGAAGACCUUGUUAUCCUUGAAAAAUCUGAAGAUGAUUCGAAAUCCAAGCAAAAUAUCUCAAAGCUCGUUGAGGCUAAUAAAAAAGACAAAAUUCUCGUUUUCAUGAAGGCACUCAAGCCAGGACAUUAUAAUGUGAUUGUUGAAGCUGUAAGCCCUGUGGGAAGUGAUGCAGUUCAAAAGACCCUCAAUGUUCAAUCUCAAGGUAUACCCUAUGCCAUGUCAAAGACCUUUUUGGUAUAUCUGCCGAAAGAAGGCGAACAAAAAGGUAAAAUUACUAUUGACAUUCCUGAAAAUGCUGUAAGGGGAUCGGAAAGAGUUGAAGUCUCAGUGGUUGGAGACAUAUUUCGACCUUUGAUGGCAAAGUUGGAAAAACUUGCUCGAGUUCCAUAUGGAAAUAGCGAGGACAAUAUGAGACUUAUAGUCUCUAAUUCGAUAGUUUUGAAAUAUCUCAAGGUUCUAAAUUAUUCUAUCCCGAGCUUGGAGAAAAAGAUUCUGGAAAACAUUGAACUAGGCUAUCAGAAUCAGAUGUCAUUCAAAUAUUUAGAUGGUUCUUUUGGACUUUUUGAACGGAAAAAUGAAAGAACCGGUGAUAUUUGGCACACUGUGCUCUCCCUGUGGGGCCUAGAGCAAGCAAAUGAAUUCAUUAGCAUAGACCCUAAAGUCAUUAAUGAAGGUUUAGAGUAUCUGGAAUCAAAGCAACAACAAAAUGGUCGUUAUAUUUCAGGCGAGGGAAUGGAAGAAGACGUUAAAUGCACAGCUUUUGGAUUGAUGGUGUUCUUAAUGGAUAAAAAUUCAAGAACCCAAUACAACGAAGUUAUUCGGAAAGGUCUUGUGUUUUUAUAUGAAACUGCUGAUGAUUUGGAAUAUUCACCGAUUUCGGUUUUAGCAGCGUAUGCUUUGUUUUUGGGAAAAUAUGAAAAAGCUGAUGAACAUUUGAAAAAGCUCAAUUCGAAAGCUUCUUUGACAAGUAAACAAAUGUCAUGGACAAAAUCAGAUGACCUUCUCUCACAACUUGAAACUACAGCUGGGAGCUUGAUAAAUCUUUUCGAAUCUCAAGAAAUAACAGAGCAAAGUUUAUUGCAAAUUGUUCGAGGUUUAAUUGUUUCGAAAACAGAAGAAUCCUCAAUAACUCCCAUGGUAGCAUUACAAGCAAUGAUAGAAUUCUUGGAAAAGCUUCUUUUGGGUGAUACUAAGCUUGAUAUAAGCUUUGAGGAUGAUCAACACAAAUCUGGGGAUUUUAAAAUAAAUUCUGAAAAUUCCCAAGUUUUUCAAACGUUUGAGGUUUCUCAAAACUCACGGAAAAUAAAUAUUCAAAGCAAAGGUCAUGGGUUUGCUGUGGUCGAUGUGAGAUAUAAUUAUAAAGUCUUCUCUGAAAAUGAGACCUCGUCGCUCUUUACUACCAACAUAUCGAGUCGGAAGAUUUCAAAACAUUUUGGAACUAUGAAAAUUUGCUUGAAUUCACCUGAAAAAAACACUCAGAAUAAAUUAUAUACCAUGGAAGUUAAUAUUGUUUCUGGCUUCGUGUUCACCGAAAAAGAUUUUAAGGGAAAUUCAGAGCUCAAGUCUACUCAAAUCAAUAAUAGCAGGGAUAAGGCUGUUGUAUACUUUGAGCUAAAUUCAGCCACCGCAACCGAUGAAACUUGCUUUGAAAAGGAAAUUCGUAAGAAUUACAAGGUUUUGAAUUCAAAACCUGGAUGGUUAGUUGUGUAUGGUGCAAAAAAUAAAGCUAUAAAUAAACAUAACAUAAAAUACUAUACAAUAAUCGUACCUCAAAUUGUACGAUAUGAUUCUACAUUCCAUGCAUCAAUAACCUUAAAUGAUUUUCAUAAAUCAUGUUGGUUCAACAUUACUUUUUCGAAGGAAAAAUCUUCGAGAGAUGGAAUAAAUCAAAUUGAAGCCAUUGAAGUUAAACCCGGAACAACAAAAUUUAUUGAAUUACAUGCACCUUCUGCCAAUGAAGAGCAAUUUUAUAAUUUGAAUUUUUUUGCCUAUCGCGGUAUAAUACACGAAGAAACUGCAUUAAUGAAUUUAGAGCCAUAUAAAUAUUGGGGAUUCAUUCAAACUAACAAGUACAAAUAUAAGCCUGGUGAAUUGGUAAAAUUCCGACUGAUUUGUAUUGAUCAAAUAAAGAGACCGGCAAAAAUUAACGACAACAAUGAAACAAUAAUUUUGGAGAUUUUUGAUCAUGGAGAUAAUUUGAUCAGGAAUAUUAUUGGAGUACAACUUGUUAAAGGUGUUUUAAGGAGUGAAUUUCAACUAUCUGAUUAUCCUAUUUUAGGGAUAUGGUUGAUUAAAGCUCGAAUUGGCUAUAGAACUUUAGCUGAACGAAAUUUUGAAGUUGAUAGAUAUGAAUUAUCAGAAUUUUAUGUCAAUGUUGCAACGAAAAAUGUAGUUGCUUAUGAAGAGGAACGAGUUGCAUUGGAAAUAAAUGCCAGCUAUUUCUACGGUAAACCUGUUGUGGGAAAUGUAUCAAUUUUAAUAAGAGGUACGCGUUCGAUUGAAUUAACAAAAGAAGCCGAAAUCAAUGGAACGACCACAAUAUUUUUAGAUUUCAAAAAUGAUCUUCAACUUGAAAGCAAUCGACUUGAUUUUCCUUUUUAUUACUUCAUAGAAGUAACUGUUACUAAUGUGUUAAGCGAAGACAAAUUAUUAACAUUAACAAAAGUUGAAAUACACAGACAACCAUAUAGACUUCAACUCGAAACUCCAAUCUAUAUUAGUUCCGAUCCGAUUUUGAAUAUAAAGGUAAAAGCUUUACUAAAAGACUUAAUGGGUAAUUCAAUAAUGGACACAAAAUCUCCAAUUGAAAUUAUUGUUCAAUGUGGCGAGGAUAACAUAAAUAAUGAUAAUGGCUUGGAUAAAUAUCGAUUUGAAUAUAAAAAUGAGAUUGGAAAGGAUUUUGCUAUUAUCAACAUAACCAAUAAAAACUAUGAGAUGUGUUAUUUACAUGGAGAAUAUCCAAGAAGUAUAUGGCUUAGACAUUGGAUGAGUGUACAAAGGUUUGGGUUGAAGUUGGAAAUUUUAACUGAAAGUCCUGAAGAAGGUAAAGAACUUGAAAUCGAGAUCACAUCUCCUAAGCCAAUUGAGGAGUUUUCAUAUGAAAUUCAGUCGAGAGGAGAUAUUAUUCAAUGUGAUCAUGUAAAUGUUUUAGGUAAUCAAACUACCUACAUCCUUCGACUACAUGUCACGUUUGCGAUGGUUCCAAAAAUUACGAUAUAUGUUCAUCACAUUAUAAACAUGGAGUUUAGUGGAGCUUUUGAGGAUGUAAUCGUUAAAAGAGCUUUUAGUAAUUCGAUUGAAAUAAAAACCGAAAACGAAACAAAGCCUGGUGCUUUGGUCAACAUGAAUGUCACAACAGAUGAAGCAUCAUAUGUUGGUUUGAUGGGAGUUGAUAGGAGUACCUUGCAAAAUAUUGAAAAAGAGAAAAUUUUGGAUGGUAACUUAGUCGAAAAGGAACUUAAAUUUACCAAUGGAUUGAGGUACCAUUUUAUGCAUCCGUUGCGUGGAGGUGCCGUGGGUGAUGUACAUGUCCUUUCGAAUAUUUUUCCACCAACUUAUAUACCGCUUCCAAAGGGAGCAUAUCGUCCACCAAAAAUACGAACUAGGAGACUUUUUCCUGAAAGUUGGUUGUAUAUUGAUUUCGAGAGAACACCAGCGGGAGGCUUACAUUUAUCGGAAAUAGUACCAGACUCUAUCACAACUUGGGCUUUAACUGGAUUCUCUAUUAACCCAGACACUGGAUUGACUUUUACAAAGAAUACAACAGAUCUAAAAGUUUUCCAAGAGUAUUUUGUUUCAUUUGAUUUUCCACAUUCAGUAAGGGAAGAUGAAAUAAUUGAAGUUCCCAUUUUUAUCAGUAAUUAUAUGAGCCAAGACGCUUUAACAAAUGUGACCGUUGAAUGCAAUAGUGAAGAUCUUGAAAUUCUAAAACAUCCAAAAUCUGCUUCUAAGUCCAAAUUUAAUACAUCCAAACUCAUUCUUGCAAAAGAAAGAGAAAAACUUCAAGUUUUUUUCAAGCCACUUAAACAUGGACAUUAUAAUGUUACUGUCACAGCUGUCAGUUCUUUAUCAAAUGAUGCAGUUGAAAAGACUCUCAACGUCAAAUCACAAGGCAUAUCUUAUGCAAUGUCAAAAAUAUAUUUGGUUCAUCUACCAGAAGAAAACACCCAAGAAGAUGAAAUUACAGUUGACAUUCCUGAAAACGCUGUUUCGGGAUCUAAAGGAAUUGAAGUCUUAGUGGUUGGUGAUGUAUUUCGACCAUUGAUGGCAAAACUUCAAAAACUUGCUCGCGUUCCAUAUGGAAAUGGUGAAGACAAUAUGAGGCUUAUUGUUUCUAACUCAAUAGCACUGAAGUACCUCAAGACUCUUAAAUAUUCAAAUCCAAGCUUAGAAAACAAGAUAAGAUUCAAUCUCGAGCUGGGCUAUCAAAAUCAGUUGUCUUUCAAGUACUUAGAUGGCUCGUUUGGACUAGUUGAAGGAACAAUUGCCAGAACUGGUGACAUAUGGCAAACUGUAUUGGCUCUGUGGGGACUUAACUUAGCAAAAGAGUUUGUUAGUAUCGACCGUAAUGUUAUAAAUAGAGGUCUAGAAUACUUAAAGUCAAAACAACAAGAAAAUGGGUGCUAUAAAUCAGAAGGGGGCUUAGAAGAAGACGCUAAAUACACAGCUUUUGGAUUGAUAGUGUUUCUGAUGGAUGAGAAUUCAAGGAUAAAAUACGGAGAUGUUAUUAUUAAGGGUCUUGAGUUUUUAUUUGAUAUCACUGAUGAUUUAGAAUACUCCCCGAUUUCGGUUAUGUCAGCGUAUGUUUUAAACUUGGGACAACAUGAAAAGUCUGGUCUUUUUCUCACACAGAUAACCACUCAAUCUCAUUUAAGAAGUAGCCAAAAACAGUGGACAAAAUCUGAUACACUUCAGUCGUAUCUUGAAACUACGGCUGAAAGUCUGAUUAAUCUGUUCGAGCAUCAAGAAAUACCAGAGGAAAGUUUACUACACAUCAUUAGAGGCUUGGUUCUACCGAAACAGGAAGAAAGUUCUGUAACUCAUAUGGUAGCGCUACAAGCUUUGAUACGAUUUGUGGAAGAACUCACUUUAAACAAUGAAAACAACCUCAAUAUAAUCUUCGAGGAUGAUCACAAUAAAUCAGGAGUUUUUCAACUAAGCCCUAAAAAUUCUCAAGUCUUACAAACUUUUGAAGUUAAUCAAAACGCUCGCAAGAUAAACAUUCAAAGCAAAGGCCAGGGUUAUGCAGUUGUGGAUGUAAAAUAUAAAUACAAUCUUUUACCUGAAUCUAAAUCUUCUUCGAUCUACACCACCAAGAUUUCAACAAUGAAAACUUCUGACAAUUUAGGAUUCUUGAAAGUUUGUUUGAUUCCAAACAAAACUGCAGAGAAAACAAAUAACACAGAAAGGGAAUUAACUAAAAUUGAUGUUAACCUUCAAUCUGGUUACUUAUUCGACGAAAAAGAAUUUCCAAUAUACAAAAAAUUAAGCAAAACAAUAAAGUCAAUUCAAAUCAGUAACGAUCGAGACAAAGCCACCAUUUUCUUUGAUAUCGCUUUCAGCAGUAAUGCCUGUAUUGAACUAGAUAUUCGUAAAACUUACAAAGUUAUCAAUUCAAAACCUGGAUGGAUUAUUGUAUAUGGUACACGUGCAAAAGAUGAACAAACUGUUAUGGAAUUUUUGAUCAGCGAUUUUUGAUCAAAAGUAAGAUGUAAAAUGCUAUUAUUUUAGUUUUAUUGGAGAAAAUAAAAUACACAAAACUGUUUUUUU